AUGUCAAAGAAGCUUACCACGUAUUAUGCAGUAAAUGUGCAUCAGGUAAAAAUUGGUAUUAAAAGUGAUAAAGAAUUGUUAAGGGAACAACAAGAACAUGAAAAAUUUUUAUCAAAAUUGUCAGAACGUCAGAAGAGAUCUUAUUUACGAAAAUUAGAACGUGGCGAAACAUUCUCAUUACAAAAUAUACAAAUUGACAAAGAAAACGAUAACAGUGAUGGUGAUGAUAAUUUUAGUCAUAUGUAA